AUGAAGAGGAAUUUUAAAAGUAUACAAAAUUCCUCAACUUCUAUAGGAAAGAAUGAUAAAAUUACAAAAUCAAGUUAUGCGGGUGUCAACAUAAAUCUUGAAGAUCUUGAAAGUGACCCAGGAUUGAGAACACCGAUUAUGGACCAUCCUUUAAAAAUUCGUGAUCAAGUUCGGCGAGCAUAUAUGCAAAAAGGUCCUUGUCAACCUCACCUCAAGCCAUUUCCAUCGACAAAAGUUGGAACUCAAUCAAGAGCAUUCAAUUGUGCUUGGUAUGAGGAAUUUCAAAAUUGGCUUGAAUAUAGUGUAUCCAAAGAUGGUGCAUUUUGUCUGUAUUGUUAUCUGUUUAAAUCAAAUUGCGGAGGACAAUCAGGUGGUGAUUCAUUUGUUGGUCAAGGAUUCAGAAAUUUUAAAAAUGGAAAAGCAAGACUUUAUACUCAUGUGGAGCGUUGUGAUAUUCUUAGAGAAAAGCAAGAUGCUAUUAUUUCCGAAGCACUCAAGUGUGGUGAAAUUUCAAGUGGAAGAGGGCUAAAUCAAGAAACCAAUCUUAAACGUCCCAGUGAUACUCGUUGGGGUUCACAUUAUGCUACAUUGGUAAGCUUGAUUAACUUAUUCUCCCCUAUAACUAAUGUUCUUCAAAUAAUAGUAGACGAUGGCCGAGCAAACUCUGAACAAAGUCUACAUUUAAUGAAAGCAUUUUUGGGAAUAACAAAUGAAUUGUCAAAAGCACUACAAAGAAAAGAUCAAGAUAUUGCAAAUGCCAUGAAAUUAGUGGAAAUUUGCAAGAAAAGAUUACAAGCAAUGAGAGACAAUGAAUGGGAUUCCUUUCUUAAUCAAGUCUCAACCUUUUGUGCUAAAUAUAAUGUGGAUGUUCUUGAUAUGGAUGAUACAUUUGUUGCCCAAGGUCGAUCACGGCGCAAAACUCAAGAAAUGACAAAUUUACAUCACUAUCGUGUGGAAUUCUUUUUUGUUGUUAUUGAUAUCCAACUUCAAGAGCUAAAUGAACGUUUCAAUGAGGUAAACACCGAACUACUUCUUUGUUUAGCUUCUCUGUGCCCUGGUGAUUCAUUUGUAGCUUUUGACAAAAAAAAGUUGGCCCGGUUUGCUGAGUAUUAUCCCAAAGACUUUUCUACUUUUGAGCUUAUGAUACUCGAUGAUCAACUUGAAACUUACAUUAUUGAUGUACGUACUACUGAGAAGUUCUUGGGUUUGAAAAGUAUUGGAGAUCUUACUCAAAAAAUGGUCAAGACAAAGAAAGAUAUUGUCUAUCCACUGGUGUAUCGACUUAUUACAUUGGCAUUGAUUCUACCUGUUGUUACUGCUACGGUGGAAAGAGUAUUUUCUUCUAUGAAUAUUUUGAAAAAUAGAUUGCGUAAUCGAAUGGGAGAUCAAUGGAUGAAUGAUUGUUUACUUGUGUACAUUGAAAAAGACAUUUUCAAUAGCCUUGACAAUGAAGUUAUCAUGCAACGAUUUCAAAACAUGAAAACCCGUCGAGGCAGAUUGUAA